AUGCAAGAUCAACUAGAUUCUAUAUUAAAAUCUUUAAAUGAGGUAAAGUCUACACAAAAUAAAAUGAUCACUUCAAUAAAUGAACAAAAUAAAACUUUAAAAAGUUUUAAUAAACGAUUUGAUGACCUGUCUACUGAAAUAAAUAAACUAGCUACUGAAAAUUCAUUUUUAAAAACUAAAAUUUCUGAACUUGAGAACAAAUUAAUACAAAUCGAAAAAACUACUUUAACUACUCAAUUGGAUGAAUUAAAUAUAUUAAAUGAAUUAGCUGAUAGACAAUCAAGAGCUCAAAAUAUAAUCUUGUAUAACUUACCAGAAAAUUUAAAUAACACACAAAUUCCUAUAUCCGAUGGUGACAAUUUGAAACUUAUAUUCAAAGAAAUGAAGGUAGACUAUAAUCCUAUAAAUUUUAACCGUUUAGGAAAACCUUCAGAUCGAACACGCCCGUUAAAAAUAACUCUUGCGGAUAAAAAAUCUAUCUUUGAAACAUUACGUGCACAAUCCACUCUACGUCAUUCUCCGGAUUUUAAAGACAUACGUUUUUCAUCAGAUCGAACAAUCAAACAAAGAGAACAAAUGGCACUACUUCGGAAAGAACUCGAAUCACGUCGCGAAAAAGGAGAAACCAAUAUUAUAAUUAAAUACAUAAAAGGAAAUCCACAAAUUAUUAACUCAAAAAACAUGUAA